GUAGGAUUGGAGAAAAUAGCAACAGAAGACACCAAGUUAAUUUAUGUGACAACUGGAGUCCUGCUUCAGAAAAUAGUUAGUGCCAAGAGUUUGAUGGAAUUCACACACAUCUUCAUUGAUGAAGUACACGAGCGAACCGAAGAAAUGGAUUUCCUGUUGUUGGUCGUCCGCAAACUUUUAAGAACAAAUUCACGUUUUGUGAAGGUGGUCCUGAUGUCGGCCACCAUCAGCUGCAAGGAGUUCGCGGACUACUUCGCUGCUCCCGUUCAGAACGAGCUGAGCCCGGCCUGCGUCUACGAAGUGGAGGGCGAGCCGUACGCGGUGGAGGAGUGUUACCUCGACGACCUGGAGCACCUGCACCGCGGCCGGCUUUCACCUCGUCUCCUGGAGGAGCCGGCGAUACCUAAGGAAAUAUAUGAAGUUGCUGUGUCCCUGAUUCAGUUGUUUGAUGACUUGGAUAUGAAAGAGAGUGGGAACAAGACGUGGUCAGGCGCCCCGUCUGCCUGGGAGCGGAGCAGCGUGUUGGUGUUUCUGCCGGGUCUGGGUGAGAUAAACUGCAUGCAUGAGCUUCUCACAAACAUGGUUCACAAAAGGUUACAGGUGUAUCCGCUGCACUCCAGUGUGACUUUGGAAGAGCAGAAUAACGUGUUUUUGAGCCCAGUGCCUGGGUACAGAAAGGUCAUCCUGUCCACCAACAUCGCGGAGAGCUCGGUCACGGUUCCCGACGUCAGAUACGUUAUAGAUUUUUGUUUGACUAGAACUCUGGUUUGUGAUGAAGAUACGAAUUAUCAGAGUCUGCGGCUGAGCUGGGCCUCUAAAACCAGUUGUAACCAGAGGAAAGGCCGUGCCGGACGUGUGUCUAAAGGGUACUGCUACCGACUCGUGCCCAAGGAUUUCUGGGACACCUCCAUCCCCGACCACGUCAUUCCUGAGAUGCUGCGCUGUCCAUUGGGAAGCACGAUACUGAAGUUGAAACUCCUCGACAUGGGGGAACCCAGGGCGCUGCUGGCCACGGCGCUCUCUCCGCCCAGUCUCAGUGACAUUGAACGCACCAUCCUUCUGCUGAAGGAGGUCGGCGCCCUUGCAGUCCGCGGGCCCAGGGACGACGAGAACCCGCAUGAUGGUGAACUGACCUUCCUAGGGAGAGUGUUAGCCCACCUUCCUGUUAAUCAGCAGCUGGGGAAACUCAUUGUCCUUGGACACGUGUUUGGGUGUCUGGACGAGUGUCUGAUCAUAGCGGCAUCUCUCUCCUUGAAGAAUUUUUUUGCAAUGCCUUUUAGGCAACAUCUGGAUGGAUACAGGAGCAAGAUGAAUUUCUCUGGCAGCAGUAAGAGUGACUGCAUUGCUCUCGUGGAGGCAUUUAAAGCCUGGCAGACUUGCAGACAGAGGGGAGAGCUGCGCCAUCCGAAGGAUGAACUUGACUGGGGACGGUUAAAUUACAUUCAGAUCAAGAGGAUUAGAGAGGUGGCUGAACUGUAUGAGGAGCUGAAGUCUCGCGUCUCGCAGUUCAACAUGCACGCGGACUGCCGGCGGCCCGUCCUGGACCGGGAGGACCCGCACAAGCAGCGGUUCAUCCUCCAGGUCGUGUUGGCAGGUGCUUUUUACCCAAAUUACUUUACUUUCGGGCAGCCUGACGAAGAGGUGGCGGUGAGGGAGCUGGCAGGCAAAGACCCGAGGACGACCGUCAUGCUGAAGCACGUCCCUCCCUAUGGAUUUCUCUACUACAAGCAGCUGCAGUCUCUCUUUCGAAAGUGUGGCCAAGUCAGAUCCAUUGUGUUCGAUGGUGCAAAAGCCUUCGUGGAGUUUUCACGUAAUCCAACGGAGAGGUUUGAGACGCUUCCUGCCGUGUGCAUGGCCAUUAAGCUGUCCCAGCUGAAAAUGUCCCUUGAACUCAGUGUCCACCCUGCAGAGGAGAUUGAAGGGAAGGUGCGAGGCGGGGCUGUUGCCAAGCUCAGGACUGCAAGGGUGAGCGUGGACUUUCAGAAGCAGAAGGUGGACGCUGCGCAGGUCUCGUCUCACACGUCGGGCAGGCCCCGGGCGGUGUCGGAGCUCCUGCUGACGGUCAGCGUGACAGAGGUGGUCGAGGUGGGGCACUUUUGGGGAUACAGGAUUGAUGAGAAAAACGCCGAGGUUCUGAAGCAGCUCUCAGCCGAGAUAAGCCGUCUGAAGUUGGUGCCCUUGCGCACUCACCCGCAUCCAGACUCGGUCUGUCUGGCGCCCUUUGCCGACGCUGGUAGAGAAAGCUACUUCAGGGCGCAGAUCCUCUGUGUGUGUGGCCGUUGCGCUGAGGUGUUCUUCGUGGACUAUGGGAACAGAGCGCUCGUGCCGCUGGACCUCCUGAUGGAGAUGCCCUGUCAGCUUCUCGAGGUGCCCUUCCAGGCUCUGGAGUUUAAGAUCUGCAGGAUGCGCCCGUCCGCGAGGUCGCUGGUGUGCGGCGAGCCCUGGAGCAGCGCGGCCAGCCGGCGCUUCGCGGCCCUGGUGCGCGGCUGCGCGCUGCUGGCCGAGGUCUUCUCCGUGGUGCACGGCGUCCUGCACGUGGACGCCUACCGGCCCGCGGGGGCCCAGGGCUCCAUCGACGUCCGCGCCGCGCUGGUCCGGGAGGGCUACGCCGAGCUGGCCGAGGAGCCCUAUGAGUCCAAGCAAAGCCACGACAUGCUCAAGGGUCUCCUUUCCGAAGCCGUGGAGGGCGCGGCAGACGCGCCUGCGCUCUCCCUCGUGAGAGAGGAUGAAACCUACCUGAUCCGGGGUCUGCUGGAGAGCUUCGCUUCCACUAAGCUGGGUAACCCGCACUGCAAGGCGAUACUUCACGGGCCCUUUAACCCGUACGCGCUGAAGUGCCACAGCUUGACCCGGAUAUCCACGUUCAGGUGUGUGUGGAUCGAGAAGGAGAGUGUCAACUCUGUCAUCGUCAGCGACGCCCCUGAGGACGGCCACCAGAGGAUGCUGGUCGCCGCGUCCCUGUCGGUCAACGCCACCGGGUCCACCGUGCUGCUGCGGGAAACGUCUCUGCUGCCGCACAUUCCCGGCCUCCCGGCUCUGCUCAGCAUGCUCUUUGCCCCGGUGAUGGAGCUGAGGGUUGAUCGCGACGGAAAGUGCUACACCGGAGUCCUUUGCGGUUUGGGGUGGAACCCGUCCACGGGGGCCCCCAUCCUGCCAGAGCACGACCUCGAGCUCGCCUUCGACGUGCACUUCAGCGUGGAGGACAUCGUGGAGAUUAACAUCCUCAGAGCCGCUGUUAACAAGCUGGUGUGCGACGGACCCAACGGAUCAAAGCACCUUGGGCCGGAGAGGGUCGCGCAGUUGCAGGACCGCGCUCGGCAGAAGCUGCUAGGUUUGUUCUGUCAGUUGAAACCAAGAGAGAGAAUUGUUCCCAAGUGGCACGACAGGCCGUACGAGUGGAAUCAGGUUGAUCCGAAGCUGGUCAUGGAGCAGGCGGACCGCCAGAGCCGCAGGGGGAAGAGCACCUCUCUGUACCAGCUGCACAAACUCGUCGUCCUGAGCGCCUAGACGUGCCGCAGGCCGCACCGGCCUCCCCCGGGCCGGGCGGGGCUCCGUCCGCAGACCCCCUUCUCCGCGUCGGAGCGCCCCCCCCCCCCCCCC